CAUGUUCUCAACUCUCCCUAGUACAACUCUCUGCAGAGCCACAUGAACAGAGUCUUCACUUCUGCCAGGGUCUGCUACCCCAACAUGAAUGACAGCUGCUGGUUCCUGGACCCAGACCUCAUGCAUGUCCUGUCUGUCACACGAAACUACGGGCUGCUGCUGUACGUCUGGGAGGGCUGGCACAAUGCCGUGGGCAUCCCACUGAAACCCCUGUUCCAGGAAUUCACUGCCCUCAGCAAUGAGGCCUUCAAGCGAGAUGGCUUCGCGGACACAGGGGACUACUGGCGCUCCUGGUAUGAGUCGCCCACCUUAGUGGAGGAUCUGGAGAACCUCUUCCAUCAAAUAGAGCCCCUCUAUCUGAACCUCCAUGCCUACGUCCGCCGCAAGCUGCACCAACGCUACGGGGACAGAUACAUCAACCUCAGGGGACCCAUCCCUGCUCACCUGCUGGGGGACAUGUGGGCCCAGAGCUGGGACAACAUCUACAACAUGGUGGUGCCUUUCCCUGACAAGCCCACUCUCGACGUCACCGAAACUAUGGUGAAGCAGGGCUGGAACGCCACACACAUGUUCCGGGUGGCGGAGGAGUUCUUCACCUCCCUGGGGCUCCUGCCCAUGCCGCCUGAGUUUUGGGCAGAGUCCAUGCUGGAGAACCCAAACGACGGGCGUGAGAUGGUGUGCCACGCCUCCGCCUGGGACUUCUACAACAGGAAGGACUUCAGGAUCAAGCAGUGCACACGGGUGGCUAUGGAGCAGCUGUCCACAGUGCACCACGAGAUGGGCCACAUCCAGUACUACCUGCAGUACAAGGACCAGCCUGUCUCCCUGCGCCAAGGCGCCAACCCUGGCUUCCACGAGGCCAUCGGGGAUGUGCUGGCGCUCUCUGUCUCCACUCCUGUCCAUCUGCACAAAAUUGGCCUGCUGGACCAAGUCAGGUAUGGGGGCGUAGAGGCCCCAGCCAGCCCCACAGCGCCCACAGCAGGACUCCGCUAG